UUAACUGUUAAAUGCACACGUUUUAUAUUAUUCAACAUUUCACGCUCUGUGUAAGCUUCGCUGACAUCUCCUCUCCGCUUUUUCAUCUAACGAAGGUGCAUCGCUUGAAUCUCUUUUACUCCAAAACCGCUACGAAUGGCGAAAUCUAGCGCCGACGAUGCGGAGCUCCGUCGAGCUUGCGAAGCUGCAAUUGAAGGCACCAAACAAAAGGUCGUUAUCUCGAUUCGUGUGGCCAAAAGUGCAGGGGUCUGGGGAAAAUCUAACAAAUUAGGUCGCAACAUGGCUAAACCUAGGGUUCUUGCUAUCUCUACAAAAGCUAAGGCUCAGCGAACUAAAGCUUUUCUUCGAGUCUUAAAGUAUUCCACAGGAGGAGUCCUUGAGCCUGCAAAGCUUUAUAAGCUUAAGCAUCUCUCUAAAGUGGAGGUUGUAACCAAUGACCCCAGUGGAUGCACAUUUACCCUGGGAUUUGAUAACCUCAGGAGCCAGAGUGUUGCCCCACCUCAGUGGACUAUGCGCAAUAUUGAUGACAGGAACCGCCUUUUAUUUUGCAUUUUAACCAUAUGUAAAGAUGUAAUUGGUCGACUUCCAAAAGUUGUUGGUAUGGAUGUUGUGGAGAUGGCUCUUUGGGCUAAGGAGAAUACACCCUCAGUGAAGACUGAAAGAAAUAUGCAAGAUGGGCCUGUUGAAGCUAGCGUGGCAGAAAGUGAGCUGAAAGUGACUGUUGAAAGAGAACUUGUCUCCCAAGCUGAGGAAGAAGAUACGGAGGCUCUGCUGGGCACUUAUGUCAUGGGUAUUGGGGAAGCUGAGGCAUUUUCUGAAAGGUUGAAGCGUGAGCUUCAGGCCCUUGAAGCAGCAAAUGUGCAUGCCAUAUUGGAAAGUGAACCGCUGGUAGAUGAGGUACUGCAAGGACUCGAGGCAGCAACAAAUUGUGUGGAUGACAUGGAUGAAUGGUUAGGCAUCUUCAAUGUAAAACUUAGGCACAUGAGAGAAGACAUUGAAUCGAUAGAAACCCGCAAUAACAGAUUGGAGAUGCAAUCUGUUAAUAACAGAUCACUGAUUGAGGAGCUUGAUAGGCUUCUUGGGCGAUUGCGUGUUCCUUCUGAGUAUGCAGCUUGUCUAACAGGAGGUUCAUUUGAUGAGGCACACAUGCAUGAAAAUAUUGAUUCAUGUGAGUGGUUAACUGAUGCAUUGCACAACCUGGAAGUACCUAAUCUGGAUCCUAUUUAUGCAAAUAUGCAAGCUGUUAAAGAGAAGCGAGCAGAACUGGAAAAAAUGAAAACUACAUUUGUUAGAAGAGCAUCUGAGUUCUUGAGAAACUACUUUGCUAGUUUGGUGGAUUUCAUGAUAAGUGACAAGAGUUACUUUUCUCAGCGAGGACAAUUGAAGAGGCCAGAUCAUGCUGACUUGCGGUAUAAAUGCAGGACAUAUGCUCGCCUUCUGCAACACUUAAAGAGUCUUGAUAAGAAUUGCUUGGGUCCUUUGAGGAAAUCUUAUUGUAGCUCCCUCAACUUACUUCUUCGCCGGGAGGCUCGAGAAUUUGCAAAUGAGCUUCGUGCUAGUACAAAAGCAUCCAGAAAUCCAAGUGUCUGGCUUGAAGGUUCUACAGGAUCCGGUCAAAAUGCAAAUACGGCAGACACUUCUUCAGUUUCUGAUGCAUAUGCCAAAAUGCUGACAAUUUUUAUUCCACUCCUUGUAGAUGAGAGUUCUUUUUUUGCACACUUCAUGUGUUUUGAAGUGCCUGCACUUGUUCCCCCAGGAGGUCAUGCUAAUGGAAGCAGAACUGGGUCCUAUGAUGAAGAUGCCAAUGACGAUGACUUGGGCAUUAUGGAUAUAGAUGAGAGUGACAGCAAAGCUAGUAAGAACUCUGCAGAUCUGUCAGCAUUAAAUGAAUCUCUCCAGGAGUUGCUUAAUGGAAUUCAGGAAGACUUUUAUGCUGUGGUGGAUUGGGCAUACAAGAUUGAUCCUCUACGGUGUAUAUCUAUGCAUGGGAUCACAGAGCGCUAUCUUUCUGGUCAGAAAGCUGAUGCAGCCGGAUUUGUACGUAUGUUGCUUGGUGACCUUGAAUCCAGAAUAUCUAUGCAGUUCAGUCGUUUUGUUGAUGAAGCUUGUCACCAAAUUGAAAGAAAUGAGCGUAAUGUACGGCAGAUGGGUGUCUUAUCUUACAUCCCAAGAUUUGCAACUCUUGCAACCCGUAUGGAACAGUAUAUUUUGGGACAAUCUAGGGAUUUGGUUGAUCAGGCAUAUACAAAAUUUGUUAGCAUUAUGUUUGUUACUUUGGAGAAAAUUGCACAAACAGAUCCAAAAUAUGCUGAUAUUUUUCUUCUAGAAAAUUAUGCAGCGUUUCAGAACAGCUUGUAUGACCUAGCCAAUGUUGUGCCCACUUUAGCCAAAUUUUAUCACCAGGCUAGUGAAGCUUAUGAACAAGCUUGUACACGUCAUAUCAGCAUGAUUAUAUAUUAUCAAUUUGAACGGCUUUUCCAGUUUGCUCGAAAGAUUGAAGAUUUGAUGUACACAAUCACUCCAGAAGAGAUUCCUUUCCAGCUUGGAUUAUCUAAAGCGGAUCUGCGGAAGGUGUUGAAAUCCAGUUUAUCUGGGGUUGACAAAUCCAUUGCUAUAAUGUACAAGAAGUUGCAGAAGAACCUAACUUCUGAGGAACUAUUACCUUCUUUGUGGGACAAAUGCAAGAAGGAGUUUCUGGACAAAUACGACAGUUUUGCACAACUUGUUGCCAAGGUUUACCCCAACGAGACCAUCCCUUCUGUGGCAGAAAUGAGGGAUCUUUUGGCUUCCAUGUAAUUAUCUUUGGCAAUUCCUAUUGGAGGGAAGAGCUUCAUUAGCCGGCUGUAAUUAUUUUUUAAGUUUUGACACAUUUCCCCUAUUUUGAUUCGUUGGACAAAUUGUCUUCACUGUUUGAGAUUCUGUUCAAUGGACUUAAUGCUUAUUGUAUCACUUUUUUUUCUAUUCAUUAUGAAUUUUAUUUGUUUUUCA